AUCAUUUGAUGCAGGUGUGCGUAAAUAUCAACCACCAUUGGGUAUGUAGGAGGGGUUUCGACCCCCCAUUUCUAUGGGGGGUCGAAACGCCUGCGCGGCCAAUAUCCAACCUAUAUAAGGAGGCAACGCAGUUCGAAGCGGUACUCACUUUUGGAAAUCCGUGUAGAAAGGACGCGUGGUAUCUUCACGGAAAUGGGCUUCACUGGAAGCUACCUCGUAAAACUUCUUCUUUAUAUCGCCAUAGUCAACGCGAUUUUUCUUCCAACGAUUGUAUGUCAAGAGGAAGAGAUCAACAAUCAAUGCAUACCGAAAAAGGACUUCAUCGCACUUCUGCGUCUUCCGGAAGCAAGUUCAAAUUUAGCAGCUUAUUCGCGAACGGCUCGGAUCAUUCAAGAUGCAAAGAAUCGUAACGACAUGGCUCAUUUGAAAGCACUCAGUAUUGAGGAAAACGACGACGCAGAGAUUUGUAUACCGGUUAGCCUCUACUUGGAACUCUUUAGGGAUCCAGCGAUGCGAGCUCAUUUGACGUCGAUUGGUAAAUCGUCCAAAUUACCGGAAUAUCCGUUUGGUCGUUCGUUCGAGGACGUCGAGGAAGACGAACGAUUAACCGAAACGGGAAAACGAAGUCUCGCGACUUUGGCCAAGAACGGCGAUCUACCAGCUUCUAUUCAGGAACGUGAUAGGUACAGCUCUUGGACCGACGAGAGGUUGGAAGCGUUAUUGAAAGGUUUAAUAAAUGAAAACUCUGCACGAAAUAUCCCAGAGAUUCUCCGCCAGUAUACACUUAGCAAUGGAGAAUUGGAUAUAGAAUCUUUGAUACGUGAUUAUCCUCAUGGAAAAAGAAAUGUUGGCUCAUUGGCUCGAGACUUUGCUUUACCACCAACAGCUGGUAGAAGAAACAUUGCUUCUUUGGCACGCGAUCAUACAUUACCAAGUGGAAAGAGGAAUAUCGGUUCUCUCGCAAGAGAUCGAGCUUUGCCUUUGGCAGGGAAAAGGAAUAUUGCUGCCUUAGCUAGGACAUACAUGCUACCACAGUCAGGUAAAAAGGAAUACUUGCCUGAGGAAAUGUCACCGAUCGAGAGAAGAUUCCUGGAUUCUGUGGUUCGAUCAUCCGAAUUUCCUCUUCGUUCUUUGUACAAUGAAGAUAAGAGAAGCGUAGCCUCCUUGGCUAGAAAUUCAGCCUGGCCCGAUUCCAUGAAACGAGCUUAUGCUAUUCCACCCUACGGUAUGAUCCUUCGUACUAUGAACCGUCAAGGACGAUCCUUGAAGGACAAGCCCUUCGAACUUUACCAGCUGGCCCGCGAGAGACACGACGAUGGAACCUCUAGCUCGUUCGGUGAUGAUCGAUUGGACUAUCUGAUGCGAGAUUCGGACGAUAGGAGGACGAAGAGGCAGAUAGAUUUCUCGAACGAGUAUCCUUUGCCCGUCAUGCAGAAUUCGAAUGUUCUUGAUUACGAGGAAAUGAUCGAGGCUCUUACUGGACAGUAUCCAAACACAGAGAAGAGAUUCAUGGGAACGGAGUCGGCUGAGUUGGAGUUACCGGUGGACACCUCGUUUCCCGUGGGAUAUGUCGAGACGUUUCAACCAAGUAAGAGACAUAUCGGGUCUCUGGCGCGGCAAGGUUUGCUACCAUCGCUCAGGGCGGCACGAUUCUCGCGAUCACCCCGGUAUCUGGUCGACAGGGAGAAUUCCGCAGAUGGGCCCACGUCCAACUACUCCUCCUACUCGACGACUUGGUCGUUAAGGCCCAUCCUUAGUUCUGGCUCUCCCAGAAUACGCUUUCUCCAGUCUUUAUGUGGAAAUUGUCACCAUGGCUUUCGAAGAUACCGUUCUAUUUCCCACAGACGAUAAUUCUCUUCAUUACCGAUUGUUUAAAUAGUUUGAAUUGUGCAAGUAGCGAUGGGUAUAAACAAUGAUUCCUAACGUUGCACUUGUAAAAUACUGAUACUUUGAAGAUAUUUAGCUUUGAAAAACUGCUUUCUAUUUUGAUCUUUAAAUUAUUACAAAAGAAAAUAAUAUAAUGUAGAACGAUUAUUUUAAAUAACAGCGAUAUAGAUGAAAUUGAAAGCUUGUAAAGAACUGAAUCGACAGACCCAUCGUUAAAUGCAAGAUUUAUAAUUACUGGCUCAUUAUCAUCUAUGAUUAAAUUAUCGUCGUAUAAACAUCAUGACGGGAUCAUACGCAAUGUACGAAGUAUCGAAAUAACGACAAG